CAGCUCGUAAUGUGCUCCGACGAGAAACAGCGAUGCAAACCCUCUCUGUGUAACAGACACAUUCAUCUAAAUUCCUAUGCAUUCCUCGACUUUCUCGUGUGACCUUUUCUACCCAGUUUUUACUCGAUGACUGAUCGGACAGUUUUUAUCCAAGGAACGCUGAAUUUACAGGUCGUUUCUUGUCGGUAAAACCAUGUCUAGCUAGAGUCAAGCUUACGAUUUCUCCUCUCAGUUUGAAAACGCUAGCUUCCACCAGCAUCGACCCGAAGCCUUUUCUGCAACAUUUUGACAUCAUUGACAACCAACGAUGCAGAACAUGCAGACAUGACGAUAAAGCAGACAACCUCGUCCACCUGCCAGUGAACGUGUCCAGCAGUCCUCUCCUCUGUGUUGAUUGUUCAUCUCGUCAAAAUGAAUUUCUUGCGGAACCGUCUCGUUGUUCUGGGCCUGGUGUUGCUGGCCACGUUACUGUUGUACCUGCUGCUGCCAUCCAUUCGCCAAGGCAGCAUGGAGCCGUCUCUAGACGCGCAAAAGAUGGGGCUGAGUGCCACCCCUCCUCCUCCGCUUCCAACCAUCAAUGUGUCUAUUCGUACUGGACAGCUGCCCGGGGACCCGCCGCUGUUCUUCAGAGAAGCUCUACCUAUUGACGGAGCAGGACGACAGAUAUUGCCACGGCUGCAAGUGGUCCUUCUGCAUGGCCAGGCCUUCACAUCCAAAACCUGGGAAGAGCUGGGUACGAUGGCCCUGCUGGCAACUAACGGAUAUCAGGCUUUAGCUAUGGACCUUCCAGGCUACGGAAAGUCGCCAGACUCCGAGGCUUUGAAGACUGAUCAGAACCGAGUGGACCUCCUUUCAAGGUUUAUGGAGUCUCUGGGUGUCCGGGCAGCCGUGCUCCUGAGCCCGUCCUUAAGUGGACAUUACUCCAUCCCAUUCCUCAUGAAGAAUAGCGCUCAGCUGCAAGGCUUCAUACCCAUAGCACCAGUCGGUACCCGAAGCUACACUCCACAGCAGUACCAAAAUAUUCAGACUCCCACUCUAAUUGUGUUUGGAGCCCUGGACACAAAUAUGGGUGCCCAGUCCCACAAGAACCUCAUACAACUUCCACAUCACUCUGUGCUCAAGUUAGAAGGAGCUCGCCACGCCUGCUACAUGGACAAACCCAGAGAAUUUCACCAAGGGCUCAUCGACUUCCUCAGCAAGCUGAAGUGAGAUGUGCAGCGGAGGAAUACGAUGUAGAAACAGGGACACAAGUUCCCUCGUCAGUGAUUUAGUGUGGCGACUUAUCGGAAAGCUUCAAAGAUUUACAUUAUUCUCAUGAUAUCACCCGAAGCAAAGAACACUGGCAUGGGAUUAGGUUUGAAUACAUGGAAAAUGGCAUGUAAAACCUUGUAGUGACAUUUAACAAUACAUUAUUUCAGAAUUAUCCAUUAUAAAAGCUUUGUUUUUUUGUUUUGUUUUUCAGUUUUCCAUAGUGUCAUCGAAAAAUACUAGUUCAGCUCAGCUUGUUGUAAAAAGUAGCUUCAGACUUGUGUAGUGGUGAGUUUUGUUUCAUGUGUUUCAUGUCUCUCUUUGCAUGUAAAAACAUGGAAUGUGUUUGCUUCACUGUUACCAUUUUUGUAGGUGACAUGUCAGCUGCUGUAAAUAUGCAAAUGUAGCAGGUGCCUGUGUUUGAAUAGCUUCUGUUAGCUUCACAUUUGACAAACAGAUUUGUAUAUUCAGAUUGGUAGCCUUUCCAGUUUCAAGAUAUCAUACACUCAACAUGAGCAGAAUUGAUACACACUGUGAUUAAAAAUAACGAAAAAACAGGAUGUUGACCAUAUAACAUGAUUUAAGAAAAAUAGGUCACAUUUAUUUAUAUAAUGAUGAUAAAGUUAUAUGUAAUAUAUUUGCAAUAAGUUUGGACAAUCAUGCAAGAAAACAAACUUAAAAUAAGAGAUGUGCUGAGCUUAAAAUAAAAACAGAAAUUGUG